CAAUGAUAAACCACUAGGUGUAAUCUUAGUACUAAACCACAAAUAUUGCGUUAGCAAUAAAAUAGAUCCAUAAAAUGACGGAAAAUGCAAACACAAACUCAAUACGUACAUGUGAUUUAAGUACUCGAUUAUAUGUAAGUAAUCGAAUAUUAAUAUAAUACGUUUUAUAAUUAGUUUAUAUAAGAUUUCACAUUAUAUAAUUUUGUUAGUGCAUGAAGUUAAUUGGGUUGCCUGUUUUGUUGGCAAAGGAAACCACGAAAAUCGGGUUGCAUGUUUUUUUAGAGGGGAGAGGGAUGUGGCAGAUUGGAUCAGAACCACAACUUUCAGGUUCAAUAUCUAAAUGUCGCAUUUGUAUCUUUAUCGAUUUUGGUCUUUCUGUUUUUGAUCUGUCACAACAUUAUUGAUCCACUAUAUAACUUUCUAAACAUAUUAUCUGAACUUCUUUAAAACUUGAAUAUAGUUAAAUGUGAAACAAGUUGAAUUACGGUAAAUAGUUUCAUUUGUUAAUACUGUUGAUUUAACACGGUUAAGUUUUUUUUUGAGAAAUUAACACGGUUAAGUUGCUAAAAUGUUUGUUUGAAAUCAGACGUUAUAGUUUUGAUUUUUAAACACACACACAAAACACUGGUUCCUAUAUAUAGAUAUAUCCUUGUUCGGAAACUCGCUGGCUCAUAUUAUUUUGUAUUUAUAGUAAAUAUAAAAACAUAAUAAAACUUUUAAAUUCUGAAAAUUUUCGCAUGAAUUAAAAUAUUUCCAUACUAUAAUUACAAAAUACUUUGUUGUAUUUUGUACUAGUGAUAUAUAAUUAUUUUAACAACGUGAUCAGUUUAUUGAUUCUAGCAUAUGCACUUUCAUAUUUAUAAAAAUAUAUAUUGUAUAGACCAUCCAUUUAAUUUAGUUUUAUUGAAAUAUAAUAUUUCAUAAUAUUUAAGCUUUUAAAUUUCAGUUAUUUAUAUUUUUGAUUUUUUAGCAUUAUUAUAUUUCUUAUUUUUUAUACAUUAUUCUACUAUUUUAAUCAAUUAUAGUAUUUAUCAAAUAGUUUGUAUUAAACUUAAUAAUUAAUUUUCAAAAAAUAUGGAUCUAAUAUUAGAUUGUUUGGAAAUAUGUUUAAUUAUUAAUUCUUCGAAAAUAUGUUUAGUUAUGUAUUAGUUAAAAACAUGUUAAGUAUUAUAAUGCUUUUUCUAUAUUAUCUUUAAUAAAUUCUAUUUUUCAUUAAUAAGCAAUACUACAUUUUAUAAAUAAUACAUGAAGUAAAACUUACUUUCACAUAAUGUUUUUGUUAUUUGUUUUUUUUUACUGAAUAAUAUAUUUUUUUAACAGAGUAGAUCGAUAGUGGUGGCAUGGUAUCAUCAAGAGUGCCACAAUAUAUCCAUGGGGGCUUCAUAAAUAGAUGCAAGAUAUGGAAAUGUCUAGAUACUUAUUUACAGUAGUAUCCGCUUCGGAAGUUCGCUGACGAUGAUGUUGUCGUAGAUGCUCUUACAAAAAGGACGGAAUUGUCUCGUUUACGUAUAAAUGGACAUGCACGACCUUGAAUGGGUCCGCAAGAGUUGCAAUAAUUGAUAUUGCUCGUUGCCAUGUCACAUGUGUGAAUCUAAUUCAUACAUAUCUAGACAUAUAAACUGUGAGUUCAAAAUGUUUUCGUCGUCAUCCUUACUGUCUCGUGACUAAAUAAUUCAAUGUUUUUCUCUCUAAAUAAUUCAAUGUUAACAAUGGUUAAUUGCCUUACACUGUAGGUACAAUGGCGGACCUAGAAUCACUUAUAGUUGGGGACAUUAUUUCUGUUUAUUCACUAAACUAAGAACAAUUUAAUCAAAUUAGCUUAAACUGUUUAGGAAAAAAAUAUAAAGAGAGUAGGGAAUACGUGCUUCCGUAACCAUAAGCUUGGUUCCGCCCAUGGUAAGGUACUUUAAACAAAAUAUUUGUUUGUUUAGCUGCAAAAUCUAUAUUUUACAUUAAAUCACAUUUUUCGUCAAAAAUGUUAAAUCUUAUUUUUAAAUAAUAUUUCAAUUUUCCGCAAAAAACAAAAAAAAAUGUUUUUUCCUCAAAAGACAUCAAUUAUUUUUUUGGAAAAUCUACCAAAACAUAAUUAUGUUAAUUUAUGUUAAAGUUUCAUUUUUCCGCCAAAAACAUACCAUUUCAUUUCUGUCAAAAAAUGUAAAAUCUCGUAUUUUCCUUAAAACAUAAAGUUUUGAUUUAUCAUCAAAAUGGAAAAUCUCAUUUUCCAUCAAUUUUUUUUUUCAAAUGCAUAUAAUUAAUAAUUUUAUAUAUAUUUAAUUUAAAAUAAACUAAACAGAUGAUAAUAAAGAAUUAGGAUAUCUGUGGAUAACCCUAAAAUUACAUGGUUGCUGUGUUAUCCUAACAAUUUAGGGAUUUUGAAAAUUUCAGUGAAAAAAAAAUCUACCUUAUUAUUUUUGGGUUAAGAUAGGGUGGGGAUUUUUUUUACCGACCACAACAUUCCUAUGCACAACCUUAACUGGGUCCGCAAGGGUUACAAUGAUUGAUAUUGCUCGUUGCCAUGUCAUGUGAAUCCCAUUCAUACAUAUCUACACAUAUAAAUUGUGAGUUCAAAAUACUCUCUCGUGACUGCAUAUAUCACUGUUCACAAUGGUUAACUAUCUCAAAGGUACCUAAACAUGAAUUUUGUUUCAAUGUAAAAUUUUUAAAAGUUCAUUGUUUUGCAAAAAAAUGGUUAAUUUUUUAUUUUCAGCCAAAAAAGUAAAACAAUGUUUCUUUCGACAAAGCAUAAAAUUUUAUUUUAUCUUUCCAAUAAAUAAAAUUUUGUUUGUUUUUAAAAUAAGAGAAAUUUCCUAGAAUAACUCUUUCUAAAUUUUUGUCACAAAAAUAGCAUUCAAUAAGAAAAAUAACCAAUUUUUUUUUAAAGAGUAGAGAUCGCAUUUGUACAAUAGGAUUAACUAAUCUAGAUUUAAGAUUUAGAGAUAAGAGGUGGAGUUUUGAGGAUAGGGUUUCAAAUUUCAAAAAAUAAAAAAUUAAACUUUUCAAAAUAAAAAGAAGCUAUUUUGGUCAUUUUUUAUUAAAUGCUAUUUUUAUGACAAAACCUUAAAAAAUGUUAUUUCAGAGAAUUGUCUUUUUAAUAAAGUAUUAUUUUCUCGUUAAAACAUGAAUACUUUUUUGCUAUUUAAGCUUUUUUUUUCGCAAAAACAUGUUAUUUUGCAAAAACACAAAAUCUUGUAUUUUCGUCAAAAAUGUAAUUGCAUGUUUUAUCAAAAAAUAUUAUUUUCCAUCAGUAAAAAGUACAAAUAAAUAUAAUUAAUUAUUUUAUAUAUAUUUGACUUAAAAUAAACUAAAUAAGUGAUAAUAAAUUAAUAACAAAUUAGAAUAUCUCAGGUAAUUAUAAAAAUUACAUGGUUGCUGUGUUACCCUAAUAGUUUAGAGUUUUCUGGAAUUUUCAUGGUAAAUUUUUUUUCCUGGACGGGUUAUUUUCGGGUUAAGGUAAGGUGGAGUUUUUUACCCAUCACAAUAUUCAUGUGCACAACUAUAUAUAUGGGUCCGCAACCGCAAGGGUUACAACAAUUGCUGUUGCUCGUUGUCCACAGAUCUGAAUCUAAUUCAUACAUUUUCUUUUGAUAAUUAAUCUAAUUCAUACAUAUCUAGUUAGACAUAAACAAAGCGUAAGAAUAUAAACUGAGAGUUCCAACUUCCAAAUAUUCUCAUCAUCCCUUACUGUACACACGUACGCCUCUACCGAGUAUAUAGAAUAAGGUAUUUCAGUAUUUCUAAAAGUCAAGUUAUCUUGGUGUGAGUUUUAAAUAAAGAUGGAAUCCAAAGAAAACAUGAUUGUGCUACGAAAUUUCAAUGUUUUCAUAAGGUGUAUAAAUAUACUAGCUAUCGUAGAGGCCAAUAAAACAGAAUUCGAGUAUCAUAUAUAAUGGUUGCACAAAACAAAGAGUAUCAUAUAUGAUAAUAAUAUUUAUUGAAGUAUUGAACUAACACAGCUUGAUUAGGAAAUUGAGUAUUGAAUCUAUAUGGAGAAAUUGAGUAUUGAAUCUAUAUGGAGAUUGGAGAAAAGAAUAUAUAUGUAUAUUUUGAAAUUGGUAUAAGGGAAUUGACAACCCCUGGAUGUAAAGGGCCACACCCACAUGUGACCUGAUAAUGACAAGAAUGGAAAUGACAUCAUGUGUGCUUGUAAUUAAUUUUUAAAAAUGAAGUGCAGCUUUCGUAAAAGGACUACUGUCAUUUACUAUGAUGCCAUCAAUCAUCAUUUUUGUCGCUGUAAAUAGCAUAGCUUAUCAUAUGUAUAUGUACUUAUACGAUUCUCAUCAUCGGGUUAUAUAGCUCACAAAUUUCGAGGCAAAAGGGUUUUACAGGUUUGAAAUGGCCAUGGAUUUAAUUUUCCAGUAUCUUGUGAAAAAAGGUUCAAAAAAGCAAAAUCCUGAAUUGGUUAAAGAAUUGGUUUGAUUCGUUGCAAUUUGGUAAGAAGUGUGUUACACUGCUGGCCCAUCUCGGUAUGGGACAAAAAGUGCCAACCGCGUAAGGAAACUUUAAUAGUUAAUACUUUCUUUGUAUAUAGUUCCAUGCAAUUAUUUUUGUCACUUUUUGUUUUUUCUGAACAAUGGAAAAAUUACGUUGAAAUAUAUUGCAGAGAGACAUGUAUGUCAGCAAAAACUCGUCCUCCGAAGCCAAAGCCUAAUUUAUGAGAGAAACUGUUAUAUCUAACAAUUAACUGUUAUUGUCACUGUUAUAUCCGAUGAUUAAAAUAAUACUUUGGUAUGUCAACUAGUCUUUAAAAUUGAAAAAAAUCUAUUUUGUUGUGGAUGUGCUUGUGGUGAGAAAACUUUUGUCUUUUGUGUGCUCAGCUAGCUAUAGUUGGGACCAUGAUCUUGAAAGCUAAACAUUUCUUCGAUUCAUUUUGUUUUUUUUUCUUAACCACUAAAAACAUCUCGUCAUUUGAUUUAUUAACGGUAAUAUGUCCGAGUCCGAUUGGGAUUUGCUCGUGUGACAUACGUUUACAGUCCAGCUGACUAGCUGAGGUAAAUGUCCCCCAGCGAGAACUCCUGAACUUGUAAGAACAUUUGGGCCGGAUAAUCUGUAGACCAUCAUUUGGGCUAUAUAUAUUAUGAGAUCAAAAGGGAUCUAAACAUGGUUUCCUCUGAGGCUCUGAAUUUUUACUAUCUUAACUAACGGCCCAUUUAGUCCAAUUGCAGGAGAAGCUAAGCAAAAUAUUUAGCGGUCCGAGGAAAACGAAAUUGAUAGAGAAACGUAACAUAUGAACAAGAACAAAAUCACUUAAUAAAUCAAAAUUUUGGUUAGUUGGAAGGAUGACCCCAAAAACAAGGCAUAAAUUACGAUUUAGUGUUAACCACAAAAUGGCAGUAAUAGGAGUGGCAUUGCGAGCAACAGAGAGAUCAAAUUUUGGAAAGAUCACACGUAAAAUGUUAAAAGGUGUAUUGUUCACGGCACAAAGCCAUGUCGACGUUUGUUGACUCUUUCUUUGCACUUUGACCAAAAAAAAAGGCCGAGAUCAAAAGUACGAAAUUUCAAACAUCGAAUUCUCAAAAGCACCCCAUUGACUUCGAUUACUCAAAAUGAAAAAGGAAGAAACGAAAGAGUAUAUUCGUCAUUCACAAAAAUGUCGCCGCGUGGGUACGACGGCGGUUAUACAAAUUCAUGUGGAACUAAUAAUCAUCAUUGACUAAUUUUUUUUUAGUAAAAAAAAACUUACUCCUUUUAAAGGCAGCCCCUCUCUAAUCUCUUUAUCUUUCCAUUCUCAGAGCAAAAAAAAAACUAAACUUUUCGUCUAUUUCAAUAUUUGUCUGCAAAACCUCUGAAGAAUUUGAGAUCAGGGAGACAGAGAAUGGGAGAAUGUAGGCCUCUGGGUUUCUUAUUGGGAUUACCAUUUGCUCUUGUCGCUCUUGUUCUCUCUUUAGUUGGUGCUAUCAUCUGGAUCAUUGGGACGGUACUGAGUUGUUUAUGCCCAUGUUGCUUUUGUUUUGCUGCGCUGGCCAACUUCGCUGUGGAUCUCAUCAAACUCCCUGUCAAAGUCCUCCGUUGCUUCACCAACUCCAUCCCUUGUUAAGACUUUCUUUCUUUUAACUUCAUGCUAUUAUUUUUCUUUUAAUUUUUUUUACUAAUUUAGUCCUUUGUAGUUUGUACUCAUGUAAUUUUCUUUUGUAAUAAAUAAUUUUAAAUUCCCUAAUA